GCCUGCUGCAGUUCAGCUAAAGCUGCCUGCUGACUCAUGCACUAGCGGCCAGCAGGAACUGGGAACAUGGCUUCUGCUGCCGUGGCAGCACUUGUGGGCUGGGGGUUUCUGGAUUACAAGACAGAGAAGUACGUGAUGACUAGAAACUGCCGGGUGGGCGUCUCUCAGAGGCUGCUGCAGCUAGGAGUGGUGGCCUACGUGAUAGGGUGGGCUCUCUUGGCCAAAAAAGGUUACCAGGAAUGGGACUUGGACCCCCAGAUUUCUGUCAUCACUAAACUCAAAGGGGUUUCUGUAACCCAGAUUAAGGAACUAGAGGACCGAAUAUGGGAUGUGGCUGACUUUGUGAAGCCACCACAGGGAGAGAAUGUGUUCUUCCUGGUGACCAAUUUCCUCGUGACACCAGCUCAAGUCCAGGGUAGAUGCCCAGAGGGUACCCUGGGAGGAAUCCUCGGGGUUGUGUCUUUGCGGUCUGUGAGGCUGAGUCACAGAGAGGAGACAUCUCUGUGACUAGAAUCUCUCCUACCUCAGCAUCCUUCCGUUCCUCUGGCUAACUGCUGGGCUGAUGAGGACUGCCCUGAAGGGGAGACAGGAACGCACAGCCAUGGACCCAUGGAGACUUGAGGCCUUGGAGCUCAUUUUGUGUUUUCAAGGCAUAAAAACGGGUCAGUGUGUGGUGUUCAAUGGAACCCACAGGACUUGUGAGAUCUGGAGCUGGUGUCCCGUGGAGAGUGGAGCUGUACCCAGGAAGCCCCUGCUAGUGCAGGCCAAGAACUUCACACUUUUCAUCAAAAACACCAUAACCUUCAGCAAGUUCAACUUCUCCAAAACCAACACCUUAGACACAUGGGACAGCACCUAUUUUAAGCAUUGUCGCUAUGAUCCACACUCCAGCCCGUACUGCCCAGUGUUCCGCAUUGGGGACCUCGUGGCCAUGACUGGCGGGGACUUUGAAGACCUGGCAUUGCUGGUGAGUCAUUUGAGGGUGGCGCUGUGGGCAUCAGUAUCCACUGGGACUGCAACCUGGACACCAGGGGCUCUGACUGCUGUCCCCGGUACUCCUUCCAGCUGCAGGAGCGGGGAUACAACUUCAGAACAGCCAGUCACUGGUGGGAACCCUCAGGCGUGGAGGCUCGGAGCCUGCUCAAGUUCUAUGGGAUCCGCUUUGACAUUCUUGUCACUGGGAAGGCAGGGAAGUUUGCACUCAUCCCUACGGCCGUCACGCUGGGCACAGGAGCAGCUUGGCUGGGCAUGGUCACCUUCCUCUGUGACCUGUUGCUACUGUAUGUGGAUAGAGAAGCCCGCUUCUACUGGAGGACCAAGUAUGAAGAAGCAAAAGCUCCAAAGGCAACUGUCAACACUGCAUAGACCGAGUUGGCUUUCACACCUGCACCCUGCUGCCCAGGUGUCUCAGUGGUGGGUUGCACCUGUCCCACGCCUGUUGCUGCUGGGAUCCAGACAUCCAGACACCAGCGGCCUUGUCUGGGUGGCUGUCAUCCCCUAGCUUAUCCAUUCCUGAAUCACUCCCUGCAGGUUAAAGUUUAGGGAUGAGAAUGGAUAGGUUCUGGCUUGGGCACAUCAAGGACAAAGCUCCAACAGGACUGGAGAAGGGCUUGGGGGGAUUUCACCAGACUCCCCAUGCAGACUCUGUCCUAGGUCCAGCCUGAGGGAGAAGGCAGCAUGAUCAAAUGAUUGAUGCCUGGUCCCUGGGGACUCUGUCUUCUGGGAAACUCUGCCAUUCGGUUCAAGUCUGGUUAACCUGACCCCAGGUUUCUCAGGGGCCUAGGUGAGAUGAGAGGCUACACAUAUAGGACUUCCUAACAGCAAGACAUUCCUGGCAACCCCAAUGCAUGCAGAAGCACCUGCCUGCCUGAGGUCCUAAAUCUGGCUCCAGUGCACCAGAGUUUCAAGGUGUGAUCUCCAUGAAAGACGCCAAGAUUCCUCAGGGAUAGAUGGUUCUAAAUCUGUGCGCAUGCGGGGCUUUGACCCUCUCUCAUUAGAGACUUUCCCCAUGUCCCAGAGCUCAUAGAAAGAACGGCAUGGACAGGGGCUGCAGAAGUACAGCCCUUUCUUGGCCCAUGUGUGGGGCAUAGUUUAUGGAGUAUGCACCCCUGGAAGGGGAGAGGCAGCUUUGCUAUGGACGUACAGCAACCAACGGAGUCCCAGGGCUGAGGCUGAAGCUGCACCAACGUCUAGGCUCACCUGGCUUCCAGAUCCUCCAAAAAGCUUUUGGAGUCCUGAUGCCUCUCAGCCCUCGGGGUUCUGGCUUCCAAACCACAGGGUGGGAAGGCCUGGUUACUGCAAGUGGGUCACGUGGACCCAGUAUCCUUGGGGAUUCGAAGAACCCUGACAUCACUGCUGAAGUAAAGCUGCCAAAGCCAGCAA